UGAUUUUCACUUCCCGUUUCAAAGCUGGAGGGUCACUCUGGUGGUCAGAAACAAUCUAACCGAACGUUCAUCGAAGGUCUCAGGCGAGUUCUUGUUACUGUGCAAAGCAAGAAUCGAGAUGCAAACGAUUCAAAUGCGGAUGUUCCUGAAUUUAAUGAUAGCUCUUUCGCACACAGACAGCGUGCUGAUGAAGGAAGUCAAAGUGUUCCAGUCUCCAGAUGUCGUGCAUGUGACAGAAGGAGCUUCUGUGCAGCUGAACUGUACCUUUGAAACGCUAGGCCCUGUUGGACAAAUUGUUUGGAAGCGUGCCUUUGAAAAUGCAGAAGUUUCGGUCAGGAACCCUUUCUAUGAGAGGCGGCUGGAGACAUUGGGGUCUGAGUUAUUUGCCCAGGGCAAGGCUUCCAUUAAGAUCAACAGAGUAUCGAAAAUAGACUCAGAUUAUUACUACUGCCAGGUGGAAUUCAUGACAAUUGGGAAAAGCCAUGGGACCACAACACAACUUGUUGUAACUGAUCAGUAUGGAACUGAUUGUCCUGACCCACCCAUCAGUCAAUCAUUUUUACUGAUGCUGGCACCCCUGGCGUUAUUCACUCUUGUGAUUAUUGUCCUAUUCUUUCGACUGUACAGUCAACAUAAAGUUUUAGAGAGUCUUAAAGGGUCACACACAGUCACACAUGUGAAAGGAAAUGACCGUAGAGAUGAGGCAAUUGAAGUUCAGGAAACAUCAUCUGGUCCCAGGCAAGAGACAGUUCUGCCUUUCAAAAGCCAAACCUCCUUACCUGUGUACAGCACUGUAAAAGUACUGAGCACUGUUAGAGAAACCACCUCUUCAAACCAACAUCUCACCUAUGCCCAAGUCACGUUUCAUUAAGAUUAUAAGAGCUAUUGAAAAACUGCACUGAAGAGAAAGGCUCCAUGAGCGAUGACCGAAGUGGUAAAGCAUUUGAUAUGAAGUCAGUUUGCAUCUGAGAAGUCUUUUUGUGUAUUAUUCUACAUCUCAGUCAGACCAAAAAGUGAUGUAAAAGAUUGCAAAUGAUAAACAUUCUCUUUUCAUGUCAGUUGUAUUUGUUUUGAAGGAUUGUGAAAUUAGUUCCAUUUGAAAGUCUGUAAGAAUAUCAACAUUUUUUUCAAAGAAAGGGUACUUCGGAUUAUUUUCAAAUGCUGGAAUGCAGGAUGGAAAUUCACUGCUUGAACUUGUUUACUGGAAGUCAUGUGUCUAAAUGAAUAGCCAUCGGGAAUUGUGGCUAUUCACACAGCACAACUGGGAGUUGUAUGCACAUGUAGAU